AUGACUAUUACUGACGUUAGGGAAGGUGAGGAAUCGGAGAUCAAAGCUCCUCUUCUCGACCCGAGUCCUACUCCAAGCCUAGGAGAAUUGCUCUCUUCGUUGAGCCUUCUCCCUUUGCGAUACAAAAACAGAUUCCAGAACUUCAUUAGGUAUCUACGUGAAAUGGGAGACGAGGUUAUAGUCGUCACGACACAUGAAGGUGUUCCCGAAGAGUUUUAUGGAGCCAAAGUCAUUGGAUCAAAAAGCUUCCCUUUCCCUUACUACCAGAAGGUUCCUCUCUCGCUUGCGCUUAGUCCAAGAAUUAUCUCUGAAAUUGCUCGGUUUAAGCCUGACAUCAUACACGCUUCAUCUCCUGGGAUCAUGGUUUUUGGUGCUCUGGCAAUAGCAAAGAUGCUAUCUGUUCCAAUAGUCAUGUCUUACAUAAAGCAUCUAAAGAAGUUUGUAUCUGCAGUUGAGAAGUCUCCUCAUCUUCCAAGUGGAACUGUGCCACAGACAGAGAAGGCAAGGAGCAGUACAGAUGUUAGAGAACCUGCAAGGCCAAGUACAGAUCAAAGAGAGAAGUCAAGAACUAGCACUGAUCAAAGAGAGAUGUCUAAGCUGAGUACAGAGAGUAAGGUUAAAGCGAGUGCGAGUUUUGAUAAGAGAGAAAGAACGAGAAAAAGUGUUGACGGGUCUGAGAAAACGAGUAACGCUACAGAACAGCAAAUACAAACAGAAAAAGGGAGGAAAAGUAUUGACAGGUUUGGGGGGAUGAUAAGAUCAGUAGGAUUGUGCAACAUAGAUUGUUUCAAGCCUACAACAACAGCUAAGUGA